AUGAAAAAUUCUUUUAAUAAUAAAGGAGGCUUUGUUAACACUACGAAAAAAAUUGACGAAUCUUAUAUAGAGCCUGUAAGUGAUGAUGAAGAAAAAGAAAAAAAUGAAAUAGAUAAAACACUUGAAAUAAAUCAUAAUAAAAAGGAUGAUAAUGAGUGUGAUAAAAAUUUUGGAAAUAAAGCAUAUGUAUAUGCAGAUGAAAUAAAAGAAAAUAAUAAUAAUAGUGAUAAUAUAUAUAAUAAUAAUAAUAAGAAGAAGAAGAAAAUUUUGAAACAUUUUGAUAUAUUAAUAGAUAAAAGAAAUGCAUUCAAUAGUAUUUUAAGCUCAACCUUUGCAGGUAUUAUAUCUCGAACUGUGACUGCACCUUUAGAUAGAGUAAAAUAUAUAAUGCAGAUUACAAAUAAUUUACCUAUAUGUGAAAUAUUUAAAAUAAUUAAAAAGGAUGGUAUUAUAUGUGGAUUUUUUAGAGGGAAUUGUGUUAAUAUUGUAAAGAUAAUUCCAGAAUUAUCAAUAAAAAUGUAUUCAUAUGAAUUUAUGAAAUUAAAUGUUUAUAAAUAUUAUUAUAAUAAUAAAGAAAAUAAUAUUAUUAUAAAAACAGAUGAACCAAAUAUGAAUAUUCCUUUUUUUAUUCGUUUUUUAAUAGGAAGUUCAAGUGGUGCUAUAGCAGCUCUAUUUAUAUAUCCUUUAGAAAUUGUCAAAACAAGAUUAAUUGUUUCGAAUAAAAUUGAUUCUAGUGGUAUUAUUAAAUGUCUUUAUGAUAUUUAUAAAAAUGAACCAUAUAGACAUUUCUAUAAUGGUUUAUCUAUGCACAUUUAUGGAGUGUUAUUAUUUUCAGGAUGUAAUAUGAGUAUAUAUGAUUAUUUAAAAUAUUUAUUCUUUUCCUUCUAUAAGGAAUAUAUUCAUUCAAAUUAUUGUCUCUCAAAAGAUAGGAACAAACAAAAUAAAAAUUUAACAAAAAAAGAUAUAGAUAAAAAAUUUAAUGAAUUAAAUAAUAAUGAAAAUUAUGAAUUCAUGAAUAUUACCAAAAUGGAUAGUAUUCAUAAAAAUAUACAAACAAAUUCAAAAAAUAAUUAUUUUACAAACAUAUAUAAUGAAAGUCUAAAAGAUCAUUUUAAUUUCUAUUCUUUAAAAAAUAUAAAAUUUUAUGAAACGUUUAAAAAAUAUUCCUCACUUAUAUGGAAUAAUAAUAAAAAUGAUAAUUAUAGUAAUAAUAAUAAUAAAUAUGAUAAUUAUAGUAAUAAAAAAAAUGACAAUUAUAGUAAUAACAAUUUUGUAUAUAAAAAAGAAAAUCACCUGAACAAUUCAACCUGUUCAUAUUGUAAUUAUCGUAUUAAGAAUGUGAACUGUUUAACCUUUUUAUUAUUUGGAAUAACUAGUUCGUUUAUAGCUCAGAUUGUGAGUUAUCCUUUUCUUGUUUUACGCACAAGAAUGCAAACACUUAAUAAUGAGAUAGCAACUAAUUAUCUGAACAACGAAAGGAAGAAAUUUAAGUCGUGUAGUUUUAUUUUAUAUAACAUCAAAAUUUAUGGAUACAAAUCGUUAUAUCGAGGUGUUUAUGUAAAUCUGUUAAAAACCAUACCUGCUACUUCCAUCACGUGGUUUGCCUACGAAUAUGCCAUGAGGAAACUGCAAAGAAUUUAA